AUGGUGCUGGUAGAGGUCGGACAAGUCAUCUCGGGCAGGUUUCAGAUCAAGGAUGUGAUCACUCACCGCGACCAUAACGGCAAGUGCUUCCUCUUCUUACACGAGCAGAAUCUCACCCUUCAUGCAACAGUGAGCAUCUACAUCGCAGAGGACAUUCCAAGCGGGCAAGCGGUAGCUCUCAAGCUCAAUCACAAGGUCCACUAUGUCCACUACGAAUCUUGCUUGUACAGCCGCUUUCAACACCUGGACGGCUUUCCGCGCAUGUACGGAGCCUGCUACGAAAGCUAUCGUCCCCCAUAUGGCGCCUUCGCUAUGGAUCUUCUGGGUCCAUCUUUGGACAAACUUGUCUUAGAUGCGGAAGGAUCCAAGUUCAACCUCAAAACAACCCUUCAGGUGAUCGACCAAGUCAUCACCCGCAUCCAAGCUCUACACACACAGAGCUUCAUCCAUUGUGGCAUCAAACCCGAUAACUUCUGUAUCGGUCCUCCAGGGGCAAACGAGAACAAGGUGUAUAUGAUUGACUUCGACCUCGCCAAGAAAUUCAGGGAUCAUCUUACCAAACUGCAUAUCCCCUAUCGAGAGAAGCAGGAUCCCGUCGGCAACCCAUACUGGUCGUCGUUAAAUGUAGACAUGGGGAUUAAGGGUUCUAGGCGAGAUGACAUGGAAUCUAUGGGAUAUAUGGCUGUCUUCUUCCUCAAAGGAAUUUUACCCUGGCACUCUGACCAUGCGCGUCGUUCGCCAUAUCCAGAGUUUCGUAAGAAGAGUGAGACCACCCUCGAAUACCUCUGCCAAGACCUUCCCGAAGAAUUCGCGACAUACAUGACCUACUGCCGUUCACUCAAAUUCGACGACGAGCCAGACUAUGACCAUUGCCGAGGGCUCUUUCGACAGGUGUUUGAGAGAGAAGGAUUUGAGGAUGACGGGGUCUAUGAUUGGGCAGCUUCUGAGCUUGAACUGGAUAUAUGGGAGAACGAACCGUCUCCCGGGAGUCCUCAGGUUUCUGCUUGGGGGGGCGGCGAUGAUACAGACCUCGAAAUCGCCGGCACCGUCGAUCCUGUUGAUUCCGUCGAUACCGCCAAUGCCGCCAAUGCCGCCGGUACUGUCGAAACCUUCGAUACCGUCGAUACUUGUUGA